GGGGAGUGAUGUGGCACGCGGCCGGCGGCCCCGGGCCGCCGGCCGCCAGUCGCCGCCGCUCGCUGGUGGGGGACCCGUGAUCCACGCGAUCGCUCGACAAGCCCGUACAGGCGCGCACCCUUAUUUCCUACAUGUGCGCCGGAGAACUAACGACGGCCCAAGUCCAGUCUGGCCGGGGCUACAGCCGCAUGGAGGUGCGCAAGUGCAGCGGAGAAUUCUGCCGAGCUCAGCACAAGUGAGCUGCCUAGCUGCCUAGCCCAAUAGCUGCCUAGUCGCCUUUCAGCCACCUAGUCGCCGCCGAGAGCCGCCCCGACCUCCCAGCGCUUCCAUGGGACGAGGCGCCACACCGUAGCGCCAAAGAGAGGACAAGAGGGCCGCUCGUCCGACGGUCAGGGAGUGACCCGAGCGCCGAGCCGUGCCGAGUGGACGUGGCCAGACGUCGCCCAGUUGUCUGUACUGUGAGUGGCACGAAGUGAAAUGAGCAACAUGAAGAGCAAGGGCAGCCGUCCAGCUCCUUCGGAGAUCGAGUACCGUGGCGUGCGCUUCCUGAUCACGGAUCGGCCCACUGAGGCCAUCCUGCCCUCCUAUAUCGAGGAGCUGAAGCGGCACAACGCGCAGGCGGUGGUGCGAGUCUGCGAACCCAGCUACAAGACGGACCUGCUGGAGAAGGAGGGUAUCACCGUCACCGAUCUCGAGUUCGACGACGGCUCCUUCCCGCCCGCGGAGGUUGUGACCGAAUGGCUCGACAUAGUGCGGCGCCAGGCCCGGGCUGACCCCACCUCGUGCGUGGCGGUACACUGCGUGGCCGGCCUGGGACGGGCGCCCGUGCUCGUGGCGCUGGCACUCAUGGAGCUCGGACUCAAGUAUGAGGACGCUGUGGAGCUCAUUCGAGAGAAGCGCAGAGGAGCCAUCAAUGCGAAGCAGCUGCAGUUUUUGGAGAAGUACAAGCCGAGGUCGCGCCUGAGGAAGAACGGCGCCAAGGCAGGCUGCUCAAUCCAAUAAAGAUGUCGCCACCAGUCCGCCGAUAGAGGACGCGGC